AUGUUAGCGCCAAGGGCUACCCUCGGCAAGGCUUGUGCCGUUACUAUGGCCGCCCUCCGCACUGGAGUCGGGCUCAGCGCGGUCUUGGCUCCUACCCUGCUGAGUCGCGUCUCCGGUCUACCUACGCCCCUUAACACGGCAUCCACACUUGUGAUGCGGCUUUUCGGAAUUCGUGACGCCUUACUCGCAGCUGCACUAUGGGUUACUAUGAGAGACGAGUCCAAGAGCUUAUCCGUGUCUGCUCUAGGGGAAACGAGACGUAGCGUCAGGAGGGUACUUUCGGGAGGCGUUGUGGUCGACCUGGUAGAUGCCGUUAGCGUUUUUGCGACUGUGGCAGGCCAUGGAAGGUUGACGCCUCAGGCGGUCGGUGUCUUUGGUGGCGGCGCGGUGUUGUUCAUGGGCUUAGGAGCGGCUGGACUUAAUGCGUAUAGGGUGUGA